CAAAGUUCAAACUUUUGGAAACCUGUAACAAUAAAGAAUUGGAAGUGCAAAAAAGCACCAGACGUAGCAUCUCCCGCGGCCACGUUGCAGAAAAAUAAAAUCGUUAAAACAUCCAUUUCUGAAAGGAAUUACGGCCUGAGGUUGGGUUUCGGGUUUCUAAGAGAGUAAAGCUGAAAACCCUAGAAUUUAUCUUCCUUUUGUAGCACAUAAGACUCGCAGUCUGUAAGAAUUGGAGAAAUUGAAGAUGGCUUCCGGGAAUACGCAAAUAUAUCAUGAGCGGCAAAGAUUACAGUUCUGCCUUUUACACACGCUCAACAAUCUCUUUCAGCAAAAGGACGCGUUUACUCGAGCUAGCUUGAAUGAAAUUGCUGAGAAACUUGUUCUUGAUGAGCCGAACAAGGUGACCUGGACGCCAAUAUCCGCGCUCUUUAAGCCUCAUCAUAAUACCAUUACGGGAAACUAUGACAUAAAUGUCCUAAUUGCAGCCUUGGAAGGGAAAGGGAAGAGUGUAAUCUGGCAUGAUCGACGUAAUGGAGCGUCUAUGAUUAAUCUCGAUGCAUCCGAGGAAACUCAGAUGGGUAUUGUACUCAAUGUGUCGGUUAGAAAGUUUGGUGGGAUUUGGAAAGGUAGGCAUUGGGUUGCGUUGAAAAAGAUUAAUGGUGUUUGGUGUAAUUUGGACAGUGAUCUUGUUGCUCCUGAGACUUUUAAAGAUACUGAAGAAGUUAGAGGAUUCCUAGAUUACAUCAUUGAUAAUGGUGGGGAGGUUUUGCUUGUCAUGAAUGAGAAACAGUGAGCUUUGUUUGCUUGGUAUGAAAUUCUCUUAUAGAACUUCUGAAUGUGUGUAUAACAUGUACAUGUACGAAACGAGACUUAGAGGCAAUUUACAAACAAAUUUAGUUUCAUUUGUUUUGCAUUGGUUUCAAUCAAUACUCAAGUCUUAUUAUCUUUCGAAGGCUGGACUUCUUGAUAAUAUGGGAGAAGUCAGUUUUUGAGGGGUUUGUUGCUAGCAAGUUUUGUUAUGGGAGCUGUCAGGAUGGUCUAGCAGGUGGUGAUUGAAGGAUAUUCGUAGUUUUUUCAGUUAAUUCUUUGUUCCUGAAGGACUUCUGAACACGGUUGAAAUUCAGAAGUUGCUGGUAAAUAAACAUUUGGUGGAACAAGAGAACUAGGAAAUAUUGAGCAAGACUCUGUGACGGUGUGAAUAAUAUAUUAUUUUCUGGGUUAAAAUCCUAACAGCCUCGAGUAUGAAUGGAAAAUGAUAUCUCACACUUGGCAGUCCUUCUGAUUACAUAUAAUAAGUGGAGACAUCUGAAAGCUGAAGAUGGAAGGAAUUUGAUUGCGCUUCUUUCAAGCUUUGCUGGAUAGAUCUGUGGUCUGCUAACCUGUCCUGUACUGGUUUGUGCUGUAUAGAAGAACAAGUGAUAUUGCAUCUAAAAGUAAUUUUUAAUCUGUUUAGCUUAGGCUGCAUUUGGAUAUUAA